GCAUUCAGCAAUGAGCCAAGGUCACGCGAUCUCUGUGCUGGCGCGGGCGUACCACCGCAGCCGCGACGCGGCGUACCUGAGCGCCGCCAAGAAGGCGCUGUACCUGCUCGACGUGCCCAGCCACGAGGGAGGGGUCAAAGCCAUGUGGAUGGACAAAUACGUGUGGUACGAAGAGUAUCCGACAAAACCACCCCUGUUCGUCCUGAACGGCUUCAUCUACACUCUUCUCGGCCUAUACGACCUGCACGUCAUCGAGGGAGAAAACUCUAUAUCACUCGCCAAGAAAAUGUUCGACGACGGUAUGACGUCACUCAAAACCUUACUUCCGUUGUUUGACACAGGCAGCGGCAGCUUCUACGACUUACGGCAUUUUACUUUAGGCGUAAGCCCUAACAUUGCAAGGUGGGACUACCACGCUACUCAUAUAAACCAGUUGUAUUUGUUAGCCGGGCUGGAUAAUGACCCUAUUCUAUUGAAUACGGCGAAGCGGUGGGAGGGGUAUAUGCAAGGGAAACGCGCUGCUCAUAAUUGAACAGAAAGCUGAUUAAUAUUGGGCUUCGUACAUACUGUAAUGUUUACUUGAGACGACAUAUUGUUGUCGAUACGAAAUCCAGAACGCUCCAUACUUAUAUCAAUUUACCGCCUAUUCGCAGGAAGCGCUUUGCUUGGACUUUUCUAAUGCAUAUGCCAAAGGAAUGGAGUUCGUCAGUGUUUCCCGAAAACUGUUCAAAAUUCCAGUUUUUCUGUUGAAAAUUCAAGGCUAGAGAGAAUAGCCAUUUUUCACGCUUAACGUUGGACUAGAUUAUGGCCAAGC